AUGGGGACCCGGGAGCUGCCGCUGCCGAUGUGCUUCGAGCUCCUCCUCGGCAAAGAGCGUGACCGGUGGCCGCUGGAGGCCAGGCUCAUCUGCGCCGCCCACAACGGCAGCGUCCGCAAACUCAAGAAGAUCGCAAAGGAGCUGGACGUGCAUGGGCACGGCAUCCCGGCGACGGUGGCCAACACCACCUACAUGGGAAUGAACGUGCUGGACGCCGCCGGCGGCUGUGGCAGCCUGCCGGUCUACCGGUACCUCGUCGAGGAGCUCAAGAUGGACGCCGGGAAACCCGACACCGCUCAGGGUUUUACGCCCUUGGAGUAUGCUGUCCAGAAUGGACACCUCCCUGCCGUCAGGUACCUUCUUGACCACGGCGCCGAUCUGCACCAGGAACGUUCCACCCUCACUCUUCUUCAUACAGCUGCAGUUCAUGGGCGGUCUGAAAUAGUAAAGUUUCUUCUUUCUAAAGGAGCUGAUGUUGAUGCACUAUCAGAUGCUGGGACACCACUCACUCUUGCUUCUCUUAGAGGACAUGCUAGUAUUCUGAAGAUCCUUUUGCAGCACAAUGCAGAUCCCAACAAGGGUAAUGGUGUGUUUGUACCUUUAGACGUGGCAUUAAACAAAUCCUUUGUCUCCUGUGUGAAGCUAUUGGUUCAGGGUGGGACUAAUGUGAACGGCGAUAAUCCUUUGGCAAAGGCUGCAGAGAAGGGCCUAACUGAAGCUAUUAAGUGUUUGGUGGAAGCUGGUGCAAACCCAAAUGUUAUUGACAGGUUUGGUAGAUUGCCAAUAGAGUUGGCUGCUGAGUAUGGUACACGAGAAGACGUCGAGAUUCUCUUUCCUUUCACCUCUCCCAUUUCAACCGUGGCCAAUUGGACUGUUGAUGGAAUCAUUAAGCAUGUGGAGAUGGAAAUCAAGCAACUCGAGGAUGGUAGUUUUGUGAAAAAGAAGAUGUCUGACUUAAAACAACAAGGGGAUGAAGCAUUUAAGAAGCAGGAUUAUCAAAAUGCAUCAGUGUUCUACACACAGGCACUGAAGAUGGAUAACUUCGACACCAAGCUGUUAUCAAACAGGAGCCUCUGCUUGCUUCGCAUGGGUGAAGGGCGAAGGGCUUAUGAGGAUGCAGCUGACUGCACAAAGCUGCGCCCGAAGUGGGCAAAGGCGCACUAUCGGGCAGGGGCAGCUCUAAUGUUCAUGAAGGAGUAUGAUGCUGCGUAUUCCUCACUGUCGCGGGCUCUGGAGUUGGACCCGGAAAGCGAAGAGAUCGAGAAACUAUUCUGGGAGGCGAUGGAGCUGAAGUGA